UGGGUGAGGAGUGAGAGUGCGCUGCCGGUGCAGGAGGUGGAAAUGGAAUAAGUCUCCAGCAUGGCUAAUGCAGUUUGUGCCUUAGCUCCCCGGAUGCUGUUCUCAGCCCGUGCACAGCAAGGACAGCACUGAUGUCUUGGACGUAUUACUGCUGGGGUCUGUACAGGGGCGGCUGUCUCACCAGCUGCUGCUCAGAAAACAUGAAAGAAGUGAAGGAGCCAAGGCAUCGCAAAGACAACAGGCGCCCAGACCUGGAGAUUUACAAGCCUGGCCUCUCCCGACUGAGGAGCAAACUUGUGCUGCCAAAGCAUGAGACAUUAGAGAAGGAGAGGAGCAGAGCUGAGGAGGGCAAGGAGGAGAGUGCCAGUGAUAAGGGCUCUUUGGGAGGAGGGGCUCCAGUCAUGGAGGAUUUCGGCAAAGGUGAUGGCCCCAAGCAGAAUGGUCCUUCGCAGGAAAAUGAAGAGAUGGAGACUAAAGGUGGUCUUCAGAGCCAGGAGAACUUAUCCAAGCAGCCUGCUCCGGAUGAGUGGUGUCCGAAGACCACCAGGAGAACCAAGAAGCCGGACCAGCAGAUCUACCAGCCUGGGAAACGCCUGCAUUCAGCUGCUAAAGAACCAUCCCUGCGGCCAGCGACUGAGGAAGUCACCAGUAAGAUGGAGCAGCUGAAAGUAGAGAGAGAUGAAGAGAUUGAGAAAGGUACUGGAAAAGACAAUAACAGGAAAACCAAAUCAAGCAAGGAGGACAGAGAGGGGAGCCAGGCAGGGGAAGGAAUUAAAGCCUCAAGGGGAGAAAAAGGAAGACGAAUAGAGCGAAGUGACAGGAUAAGGAGAACAAGCGACGAGGUGAUGCAGGGGAAGCUGGGCUCUAACAAACGGUAUUCUCGCUCUGACAAGCGGCGGAGCCGGUACCGCACCUGCAGCACAAGUUCAGCUGGAAGCAACAACAGCGUAGACGGAGCCCCGCUCGUGGAUGGGGUGGGGAGGCGGCAGGAGCGUGUCAGAGAAAGAAUACGUCCUAGGAAGCAGCUCUCUGCGUCCUCCACUGACUCCUUGGAUGAUGACAGAAUCGAUGAGGCAGAAGCUUAUGUCUCCAGCAGGAAUUCGGACAAGAAGAAGCGUACAGAGCAGAGUCGAGCUUCUAGGAGCGAGAGCGAAUGGAGCAGCAACGGCCGGGAAGUCAAGGGACCCUUUCGAGUCGCAUUUGACAGCAAGACUAUGAACAGGGAUAUCAGUCUGGCAGAUACAGAUAAAAAAAAGCCCCUGAAGGCGUUUGUUAGUUGCAAUGAGUCAGAGGCUUCGGAGGCAAGGAGCCAGAGCAGAGAGCCCCAAGGGAGGGGCCGUGGGAUUCUGUUCCUGCCUGCCAACACGGACCUCUCUGCCAGCGCUGUGGGCUCCCCCGAACCCAGUCACCCUGGGCCCAGGCUCCUGCUCGGUGGGGCUGGGAGUAAAGGUCCCCGAAACAGGGGCCGAGGUGGCACUGCUCGCAGGCUGUGGGACCCAAAUAACCCGGACCAAAAACCCGCCCUGAGGAGCCAGACCGCUCAGCUUCACUUCCUAGACACAGACGAUGAAGUGAGCCCCACAUCCUGGGGAGAAGCCCGCCAGGCCCAGACAUCCUACUAUAAGUUCCAAAACUCUGACAACCCCUACUAUUACCCUCGGGCUUCCGGUCAAGGGCCCCAGUAUCCUUAUGGUGGGUAUUCCCUGCAGUAUCCUAUGGGUCCAAGCAAUGGUGUGUACCCAGGAGCCUAUUACCCUGGAUACCCUGGCCAGGCGGGACAGUACAUGUGUGGCCCACUCCCCCCAACUCCUCUGAGUCCUGAGAUGGAGCAGCAGAUGCGGAACAUGCAGCAGCAGGAGCUCAGCAAACUCCUUCGUGAGGCUGGGAACCAGGAGCAGCAGCUCAGCAAUCUGCUUUCCAGAGACCGCAUCAGUCCAGAGGGGCUGGAGAAGAUGGCCCAGCUGAGGGUGGAGAUGCUGCAGCUGUACGAGCGGUGCAUCCUGAUGGAUAUCGAGUUCUCUGAUACCCAGAACGUGGACCAGCUGCUGUGGAAGAACGCAUUUUACCAGGUGAUUGAGAAAUUCCGGCAGCUCCUCAAGGACCCUCAGGGAGAAAAUGCCCAAGAAAUUCGGAACAAACUGCUCCAGCUUCUAGAUGAGGGCACUUCUUUUUUUGAUGGCCUACUCCAAAAGCUGCAGGUGUCAUACCAGUUCAAGCUAGAGGACUAUAUGGAUGGGAUGGCCAUCCGCAGUAAGCCUCUGAGGAAAAUGGUGAAGUACGCGCUGAUCAGUGCUCAGAGGUGUAUGAUUUGUCAAGGGGACAUUUGCCGAUACAGAGAACAAGCAAAUGACACCGCAAACUACGGAAAGGCACGCAGCUGGUACCUGAAGGCUCAGCAAAUUGCUCCCAAAAAUGGCCGCCCAUACAACCAGCUGGCGCUUCUGGCCAUCUACACGAGGAGAAAGCUGGAUGCUGUCUACUAUUACAUGCGCAGCCUGGCCGCCAGCAACCCCAUCCUCACAGCCAAGGAGAGCCUCAUGAGUCUGUUCGAAGAGACAAAACGCAAGGCUGAGCAGAUGGAGCAGAGGAAACAUCAGGUGCUGGAUCUGAGCCCCAGCCGCUGGGGGAAGGGCAAGAAGUCCACAUUGCGACAAGUUGGAGAUGAUGCCACACGGCUGGAGAUCUGGAUCCAUCCCUCCCACCCCCGCUCCUCCCAGGGCCACGAGUCUGGCAGGGAUUCUGAGCAGGACAACGGUCUUGGGAAUCUCAGCCCCAGCGACCUGAACAAAAGGUUCAUCCUCAGUUUUCUCCAUGCCCAUGGGAAGCUGUUUACCAGGAUUGGGAUGGAGACUUUCCCUGCGGUGGCUGAGGAGGUCCUGAGGGAGUUCCAGGUCCUGCUGCAGCACAGCCCCCCUCCCAUCGGAAGCACCCGCAUGCUCCAGCUUGUGGCAAUCAACAUGUUUGCAGUGUACAACUCCCAGCCCAAAGAGUGCAUCUCUGAAGACUGCCGCUCUGUCAUCCAGGAACAGGCCACGGCCCUGGGGCUCUCCAUGUUUGCACUCUUGGUGAGGAGGUGCACCAGCCUGCUGAGGGAAUGCGUGCAAGUUCAGCCACAAGAGGUGGAGCAGGAGGAUGAGGAGGAUGACAUCAAGGUCUCCGCCUUGCCCCAGGACCUGAAGGAGCUGCUUCCCAGUGUGAAGGUCUGGUCGGACUGGAUGCUCGGCCACCCGGACACCUGGAAUCCUCCUCCGACCUCUCUUGAGCUCCCCAAACAGGUCUCAGUAGAUGUGUGGGCGACGCUGGCUGACUUCUGUAACAUACUGACCACAGUGAAUCAGUCGGAGGUGCCCUUGUACAAGGACCCAGAUGACGACCUUACCCUGCUUAGCCUGGAAGAGGAUCGGCUGCUCUCGGGCUUCGUUCCCCUGCUGGUCGCCCCCCAGGAGCCCUGCUACGUGGAGAGGACCUCGGACAAGGUUAUUGCAGCCGACUGCAAGAGGGUCACAGUUCUGAAGUAUUUCCUGGAAGCCCUUUGUGGACAAGAAGAGCCUUUGCUGGCAUUCAAGGGUGGAAAAUAUGUGUCAGUGGCACCCGUCCCAGACGCCAUGGGAAAGGAAAUGGGAAGCCAAGAGGGAAAACAACUGGAAGAUCAGAAGGAAGAUGAUGUGAGGAUUGAGGCAUUUGAAGAUGAUUCUGAGGCUGAAGGCAGUGGAGGAGAGAUGGACAUCAAGGAGCUCAGAGCCAAGAAGCAAGCCCUGGCCAGGAAAGUAGCUGAGCAGCAGCGUCGUCAAGACAAGAUUCAGGCCGUGCUGAAAGAUCAGAGUCAAAUGAGGCAGAUGGAGCUGGAGAUCAGACCUGUCUUCCUGGUCCCGGACACCAACGGUUUCAUCGACCACCUCGGCAGCUUGAUAACGCUGCUGGACUGCAGGAAGUUCAUCCUGGUGGUGCCCCUGAUCGUGAUAAACGAGCUGGAUGGCCUGGCCAAGGGCCCAGAGAUGGAGCACCGGGCUGCAGGCUAUGCCCGCCAAGUGCAGGAGAGAGCCAGGAAGUCCAUCGAAUUCCUGGAGGAGCGAUUUGAGAGCCGGGACAACUGCUUGAGGGCUCUGACCAGCCGAGGCAACGAGCUGGAGUCCAUCUCCUUCCGCAGCGAAGACACCACUGGCCAGCAGGGAAACAAUGACGACGUGAUUUUGUCCUGCUGCCUCCACUAUUGCAAUGACAAGGCCAAGGAUUUCAUGCCCUCCAACAAAGAUGAUCCCAUCCGUUUGCUCAGGGAAGUGGUUUUGCUGACGGACGACCGGAACCUGCGAGUCAAAGCGCUGACCCGCAACGUGCCAGUGCGGGACAUCCCCACCUUCCUCAAGUGGGCCCAGGAGGGCUGAGGGGGCCGAGCGGGGCCAACAGCCCCUGAGCUAGUCACGCAGCCUGUUACGGUGGGAGACCGGCUUCAGCGGCAGCCCUCACCACAUGCCGCCGCCGCCUUCCAGCCCACCACGAACAAUAAACGCCACGUCUUCAACCCACCCCAGAAUGGCCGUGCUGCGAAGGGCCCCCCACUGAGGGCAGACCAGCUGGGAAGGUCAUUGCUGUGGAUGGUUCACGUGGAGGCUGGGCCGUUGAGGGUCCCACCAGCCUUUGGGCAGUGCCAGAGCGGAGCUGGUGAGCCUCGCUGGCUAGGGAAGCUUUGGGUGAGCCCGUGCCAGAUCGCCAGCCUUUUGCUUGGUUUGCUUGGUUGCAGAGAGCUCGAGUCACGAGUCGGUGGCUCUUCGGGUUUGUAGGCUGCGUAGGGCAGAGUCCGGGGACACGCCAGCGCAGACUUUGGGAUUGCGUAGUCUAGCUCGUGCCCCUCGAAGAGGCUGUGGACUUCAAGGGCAGGUUCCCUCCUGCCCCAGCCUGUUCGUCCUGCGUGGCCCAGGCAGCCCCAGGCCUCCGGCCCCUUCCCCACCCCAUGCCCAUCUCACGCCGGGGGUGCUGCUUGCGGAGGCGCUUGUCUUCUCCCUGGUGCAGGGUUUGCUUGUUGAGUUUCAUUUCAGACUUCAGUAUAAGUUAGUUUGCAGGUGUGUGCCCUGCCUGCUUUGCUGGGGCGGGGGGGGGAGGCUUUAAACAUCCCCCAGUCCCCCCACAGCUGCUUUCUGUCCUGCUCCCCUGCCCACCCCAGCCAUUACCUGCCCCUUCCCUCCUUCCCCAAACCCCUUAGUCCCACCCCGCUACCUUUAGACAUGUUUGUGAUUUAAGACUCAGCGUGAGGCUAACAAAAUUCUCCC